AUGGGUUUUGCAGUAAGGAAAAGAGGGUUUCUAGCUCUUCUUCUUCCUCUUGUUUUAGCUCUUCUUUUUGUCCAAAGUUUUAGUACUGUUGUAUCAGCCCUAAAUUACACAAGUUAUAGGCAAGUCAGUAGCAUGAGACUUGAAAGGAUUCAAAGGCACUUGGACAAGAUUAACAAGCCUGCCGUCAUGACCAUAGAGAGCCCAGAUGGAGAUAUUAUAGAUUGUGUUCAUAAAAGAAAACAGCCUGCUUUAGAUCACCCUCUAUUAAAGAAUCACAAGAUCCAGAGAAAGCCAUCAGAAAGGCCUAGAGUGAAAAUGUUGAAAAAGGAUGAUGAGAAAAGAACAAAGAAGAGUAAUGUUGAAGAAGGUGUGAGAGAUUCAUGGCAAAUGUGGCAUAGGAAUGGGACAAGGUGCCCUAAAGGAACUGUUCCAAUACGGCGGAGCACAGUCCAUGAUGUGUUGAGGUCGAAGUCUUUGUUUCACUUUGGCAAGAAACAAGUACAAAGAUCAACCUCUCUUGCUAGACGUACAGAUGCACCGGACGUAGUUAGUGGCAAUGGACAUGAGCAUGCAAUUGCCUACACCGGAUCAUCACAGGAGGUGUAUGGAGCAAAGGCAACCAUUAACGUGUGGGACCCAUCAAUCCAAGUGGUCAACGAGUUUAGUCUAUCACAGAUCUGGGUUCUCUCGGGAUCCUUCGACGGCCCAGAUCUCAACAGCAUAGAAGCUGGGUGGCAGGUCAGUCCGGAGCUUUAUGGUGACAGCAGGCCCAGAUUGUUUACUUACUGGACAAGUGAUUCAUACCAAGCAACAGGAUGCUAUAACCUUCUAUGUUCAGGAUUUGUGCAAACCAAUAGCAGAAUAGCCAUUGGAGCUGCCAUUUCUCCUGUGUCAUCUUAUACAAGCAACCAAUAUGAUAUCAGCAUCCUCAUUUGGAAGGAUCCAAAGCUAGGUAAUUGGUGGAUGAGUUUUGGUGACAACACCCUAGUAGGAUACUGGCCAGCAGAGCUAUUUACACAUUUAGCAAACCAUGCCACCAUGGUCGAGUGGGGUGGCGAAGUGGUGAACUCAAGGGCCAACGGCGAGCACACGUCGACGCAGAUGGGCUCGGGCCACUUUGCAGAAGAUGGGUUCGGAAAAGCAAGUUAUUUUCGGAACCUAGAGAUUGUGGAUUCUGACAACAGCCUCAGCUCAGUUCAGAGUAUCUCAACCUUAGCUGAAAACACCAAUUGUUACAACAUCAAAAGCUCCUACAACAAUGAAUGGGGCACAUAUUUCUACUAUGGAGGCCCUGGGAACAAUCCACAGUGCCCAUGA